AUGGCUGCGAAACCCAAGUUGAACGUGCACAACUUCCCACGCCCACCGCUGCUGGAGAAAACCCCCAGGCAUUUGCUGAUGAGGUGGAACGGCCAGACUCUAGCCGACACCAAAUCAGCGUAUUGGGUUUUGGAAACUACCCAUCCUCCUACAUAUUAUCUUCCCCGAAACUCACUCUCGGACUCUUUCAAGCUUACUCAGGUCCCCGAGAAGGCGUCCCUUUGUGAAUGGAAAGGCCGAGCCACGUACUGGGAUUUGACCGACAAGUCCACGGGGCAGACCAUCAAGAACAAGAUAUGGAGUUAUGAGUCGCCGACUCCAGCCUUCACAGACAUCAAGGGGUACCUGUCCUUCUACGCCAGCGGCGUGCCGUGGGAAUGCUUCGUUGACGAGGAAAAGGUCACCCCGCAGGAAGGUGAGCAAUUGGACCCCAUGUGGCGGCGGAAUCUGAUCGAUCCCCUCUCUUCAUAG